ACUGCUGUUUUCUUACCUCACUUCGCCUUUAAGUUUAAAUUGAUCGUAUAGGGCGCUGCAUAGACUCGGCAGGAAAUUCAAAAUGGUGCACUGUCGUUACUCCAAACAUGCGGCAGAGACUCGGUGUUCCUUUAACCCAAGCUCGAAAUAGAACGCGUCAACAGAGCUAACUCUGUGUCAACACAACAGGGCAUUUCAGACAUUACAAUUUUUAUUUUUACACUUCGAGUCUCAGUAGUAUUGCUCCGAAAACAAACCCAUGGCGGUUGAUUGCUCGAAAUUAAGGUUUACAUAACUGAUCGAAUUGAGCGUAGAAGUUAAGAUAAGACCUAGUUUAGGAAAAUAUGGGUUAGACUCUAAUUAUUGAGCCCGUACGCGCGCAUUAAUUUCAUUGUAAUUCAGUCAAUUAGUUGGGCAACCCGGCGGCUGCGGAGAUAUUCUAUAAAUAAGUGGAGCAAUUGAAUGUAUCGGAGUCGCGAGAAGUCGCAAUCAAUUUUAAACGAGUUCGCGCGCGCGUGCAAUACAAAAGGUUCGUAUUGGCGGCUCUGUGAGAAUGAGGCAUUUGUGAUUUGACGUAAAAGCGUAAACGCGCGAGUCCCCUGCACGUCUCGGCGGCUCGGCUGGCAGGCAUAAUAUACACUCGCGUGCGCGUGUGCGCGUAUAAUGCGGGUUCGGAGGCGCGAACGCAGCUUUCAAGCCGCAGGGGUGGGGCUAAACUGGUUAAAGCCCCGUUUCUCAAAUUUAUCGCGCGCGCGCUGCUUCACUGACGAGUGCCAGUCAGACUUCCAGAAGCGAACUGUGAGGCAUUCUCGUACCGCCGCUCGGGCAACGCGCCCCGUGGAAUAAGAGACGAUUGUGACAACGAGCGAGCAGCCACGCGUUGUCGAGGAAAGCGAACGCCGAAGAAGCGGAGAUAGAGAGAGAGAGAGAGAAAGAGAGAGAGAGAGAGAGAGAGAGAGAGAGAGAGAGAGAGAGAGCGAGAGAGAGAGAGAGAGAGAGAGAGACAGACAGAGACAGAGUGAGUCGUCUUGAAGAGACUCACGAGGAAGGCGGAUCGGCAGUCGCGCUUACGCAGUCCAGCAGGAUGGCACGUGGCGUGCCAAUUCGAGCGAGUUUCGGGGCCCUCGGGGCCCUCCUCGUCCUGGUCCUCGCGACGAUCCAGGCGGACGCUCUCAGCAGGAACGAGCUCUACCCCUACACCACACCGGGGGCAGCGAGCCUCCAAUCCCAGCCCGAUGGCAUGGUGCGAACGGCCGAAUUGAUGCUGCAGACGCCGAUCAAGCUCUACGACAAGGAGUACAAGUCGAUCUUUGUCAACGGAAAUGGAGUGCUGUCCUUCAUCAGACCGAUGAACAGGUUUUUCAACAUACCGUUUCCCCUCGACGAUCCUGUCGUAGCUCCCCUGUACACGCACGUAGACAUCCGAAGUUCGGGCACGAUAUUUCUCGCGGAAACCAACUCGUCCGACGUACUCGCCCGAGCCGGUGGCCUCGUGCGAAGCAGCUUCAAAAACGCCGUUAACUUCGUGCCGACCCACGUUUACUUGGCAACCUGGCUCGACGUCGGAUACUUCAACGAGAAGAAGGACAAGGUAAACACUUACCAAGUCGCGAUCUCGUCGAAUGAGACGCACUCCUACGUUGAGCUGCUAUACCCGGAGGGCGGAAUUCAGUGGAUUCAGGGCGAGUCUCAUCCCAACGGACUGCCCGACGCCAAGGCACAAGUCGGCAUCAUGGGCGAGGACAAGAUGUACGUGCUGCCCGGCUCCGGAACCGACCAGAUUCAAAAUAUCGACAAAUGGUCCAACGUCCACCGUCCCGGUCAGUGGGUCUUCCAAAUCGGGCCCGUCGCCGAGGGCCAGGACAUCGGGCACCCCGACAACGUAGACGAUAAGCGGGGAAAGGAUCAGGUGCAAAGUUGCAGGAGCGGCGGCGCCACCCAUUGUCACAGCAAGGCGACGUGUAUCGAUUACGAAAUGGGCUUCUGCUGCGCAUGCAAGCAGGGCUACUUCGGAAAUGGAAAAUCCUGUCAACCAAACGAUGUACCGCUGCGCGUCAUCGGCAAAGUGUCCGGCAAGAUAAACGAUCACGAGUUCACGGACAGGGAUUUGCAGUGCUACGUGCAAACGAAGGACGGCAGGACGUACACGGCGCUGGCGCGCAUACCAGUAAACAUCGGGGACCGCUUCCAGCUGCUAAAUCCCAUGAGCGGUGUCAUUGGCUGGCUCUUCGCUAAGACCAGCGGGGAGACGAAGAACGGAUAUCAACUGACUGGGGGAGUAUUCAAUCACACGAUCGAGCUGAUCUUCAAGUCGACGGGAGAUAAGGUGACGAUACGAAACAGCUACCUGGGCCUCGACGUGUUCGGUCAGCUAAAGAUGGAAUCGGAGAUCAAAGGCAACCUCCCGCCCGUGGAGGAGGGGGCGCGCAUCGACUUCGGCGACCACGAGGUGCUCUUGACGCGCGUACAGCCCGGCACGAUCCGCUCGAACACCGAGCGAAAAUACAAGCUCGCCGCCAAUCCCUCGAACGAGUACCUCUUCAGCGAGGAUCAAGUAAUCUAUUACAACGAAUGCAGCUACGCGCCGCCGAGUGACGCCGGCGACGACACCAGCCGACUCAAGUUCUCCAGGGGCAUCACGACUUACGAGAGUCGCGAGGGCAUCGUGCGCUUCGCCAUGAAUUCCAAAAUCGUGCCCCUCGAGGAGGAGGACCCCUGCAUACAGGGCCGAGCCACGUGCGGCUAUCACAGCUCCUGUGUAGCCGACGCCGACAGCUUCAGAUGUGUUUGCGAUCCUGGAUAUCAACAGCUCUACAAGGAAGACGGCUCUUCGAGCUGCGUGGACAUUAACGAGUGCAACAUGGGCAAUCACGUUUGCUCACCCGACGCCUACUGUGUUAAUACAGAGGGUAGUCAUACGUGCCAUUGCAGGCCAGGCUUCUCCGGCGACGGACGUACUUGUGAAAAGUUGGCGUCUUGCGAUGAUACUAGGUGCGGAGAUUACGAGCAAUGCAUUAUGACAAGUGGAACACCCGUUUGCACUUGCAUUCCAGGCUUUGAAAAUACACCAAAUGGGUGUUAUCCUAUCACACGAACUCCAUGCGAUCAAGCCCACGACUGUUCGCCUUUGGCAACUUGCGAUUAUAGCGAGGAUCGUCAGGCUCAUGUUUGUACUUGCGCAGCGGGAUACCUAGGAAAUGGAUAUGAAUGCUACCCGGAUACCGAUGCAGGAAUCGUAGAGGAAGAAACUCCUAUUCCAAAAUGCCAUGUCGAAAUGUGCUGGUGCCCAGUUGGAUGGGAAUUCCAAAAUAGCAUGUGUAUAAGAGACGAUGAGGGAUUACCGGAUCAUGGCUCUGGCGAAAUCAUGCACGAACUAAUGGCACGACCACUACCAGAAUGUUUGGAUGACCGCUGCAUUUGCCCUUGGGGAUACGAUUAUGAUCAACUGGAAAAUCUUUGUGUACCACGCCCAAGACUAAUCCACGAGACGAUGGGUCCUUCUGGAUCCAAUACGCCAUGUAACGUGCUAAACAGAUGUCACCCUUACGCGCAAUGCGUUCACGAUCAAAACAGCGAGCAGUACAUGUGCCAGUGCAAUCCGGGCUACGAAGGUGACGGUAUGGAAUGCUCGAAAUCCGAAAUCUCCUGCUUGGACGUCGAUAUUUGUGACCCCAAUGCAUCGUGUCGUCAGGAUGAUCCGAUCGCCAAAUGUGUCUGCAACACGGGCUACAAAGGAGACGGAACGACCUGCUCACCCUACGACGAGUGCCGGGAGCACAAGGAGUGCAGCGAGAACGAGUGGUGCUCGUACGUGCCGGCCCACUCGCGCUUCGAGUGCACCUGCCAGCCGGGCUACAGCAUGGUCGACGGCCAGUGCGUGCUCGCGGACUGCUCGACGAACCCGCAGCAGUGCCACGUUAACGCCCAGUGCGUCUCCUCGAGCGACGGCCUCGGCGGCUACCACUGCGCCUGCAUCGCCGGCUACCACGGCGAUGGCCUGCGCCAGUGCGUCGAGGAGCACGUCAGCUGCUCCGAAGUCAACAACUGCGGCAGAAACGCUGUUUGCGGAUACAACCAGACCUCCGCUAAUUACGCCUGCGUUUGCCUACCUGGCUUCUACGGCGACGGCUUCAACUGCGUGCAGCAGACCUCGUGCAGGCAGAAUCCGAGCCUUUGCUCGCGAGAUGCGUCCUGCCUUCCGCUGGGCGGCAACGAAUUCACGUGCGUCUGCAACGAAGGCUUCAUCGGGGAUGGGGCCGAUUGUCGACCACGACCGAAGCACGAAGCGAAUUUCCUGCUAGUCAAUCAGGGCAUGGCCACGCAUAGAAUACCAUUCUUCCCCACGCCAGAAAGCCCGGGCAAUCCAAUUUACGUCGCCUACCACCAAAUGGCCAUUGCUCUGGACAUAGAUUGUCCCCAAGGAAAAGCGUACGCUAGCGAUAUAACUGGCAAUAAAAUCAUGAGGAUGACGUACAACGGAUCCAAGUCGGAAUCUUUCAUUGGACAAGUAUCGAGUACCGAGGGCAUAGCCAUUGAUUGGGUGUCGCGAGCAGUUUUUUGGACCGAUUCAGGAAACGAGACCAUCGAAGUGGCACAUUUGGACACGAAAAAGAGGAAAAUCCUAUUCUCCGAAGGCCUCAUCAAUCCCAGAGGCAUUGCGGUGCAUCCGUACAGAGGAAAAAUCUUCUGGUCUGACUGGUACCGCCCAGCCCCGAAAUUGGAAUGUGCUAACGAAGAUGGAACUGGAAGACAAAUCUUUUUGACUGGAGAGCACGUGAAGCUACCCAACUCUUUAGCUAUCGAUUGGUAUACCGACGAACUUUGCUGGGCUGAUGCUGGAACGUUUACCAUAAAUUGUGCGAACAUUGAUAACAAGUCAGUCCGCGUAAUUGCCAAAAAUUUAUCUUAUCCAUUUGGUUUGGCCAUUUCUCAAAAUCAUUACUAUUGGACUGACUGGAAAACUGGAAAGAUCGAAGUCGCUGUCAAGAGCACGGGCGAAAGAGGGCCUUCAAUAUCGCUUCCAGCAGGUGGUAGCGGUAAGCCCUACGGGAUUGUCAUCGUUCCCGAAACGUGUCCACGAGCUUCAAAUAUUUGUCAAUAUGAGAAUGGAAGGUGUACUGAAGAACAGCUAUGUCUCCCGGAUGGUCAAGGUGGCCGAACAUGCUCCUGUGCGGAUAAUGCAGUAGGUCCGUGUACAGAUUCGAGAUAUUCAAAAUAGUUUACUAAUAUUUUUUUUUUACAAAAUAAGAAACAACAAUAACGAUUAUGGUAUUUUCAAACCAUAACAAAAUAAAUCUUCGUAUUAAUAAGAAAAUCGGACAAAUAAUCAUUCAGUACAAUAUAGAAAAAUGGAUAUCGUUUAAGCAUCAUGUGAACAUAGACAUUUACGAGAGCUAACAUCACUGUUAUCGAUAAAAUUAAGUGUAACUUAUAGUGAAUCAUAACAAUGUAGAAUAGUUUAAUAAUUAAUGUAAAAUUUAUACUCGUCUAUUUUCAUAAAUUUACGUAAAUCGCCUACUGUAAUAUAAUUUUUUUAUUUUUUUGCUAACUGUGCCAACUGCAUUUCGCAAGCGAUAUUUUUUUAACGAACUAUUGUGCUAAAUAAAACAAGAUAUUUAAGAAAAAAUGCGAAUUUUUUUAAUUCUUCAAUUUAUUCGAACAUAUUUCUAGUAUAAAUACAACAUCUACAUCAUCUGAGGUUAUCCAUGUUCCGCCGCAAUAAUAUAUCAUCGACAAUUUUAACAACCGCGAACUGUGAGAUUAAACGCUACUUUUUAUUUAUAAUACGUACAAUGUACAUGUCAACAAUGAAAACUGCGAAAAAUAAGUAACGCAAUUAGGAAGUGAUUAAUCAAUUGAUGCCUGACUAGAUAAUCAUUGAAAAAUCUCUUCUCAUGUUUUACAGAAUAUUUAAUAAGGCAGCUAAAAUCACAGCAUGCGUAUAAAGAUUGCUAUCAAUUAUAACAUAUUCUCCCUCUAUAGCCGCCUCACAUCCUACUUAUAGAUACAUGGAUAAUUCUUUGUUUGAUAUCAUAACGCUGUUAUAUUAUCACACGGUAAGUUAAACUUAGCAUUUAGCAAUAAUACAACUGCACUAGUCAUGAAUCAUAACGUCGUCGCGUAUAAAAUUAAACGUUUGAAUCCA